CGACCCUUCCGCACCCCCAGGUGCUGGGGGCGCACUAAAAGAAACAGAAAACAAAACAUAACGUAACAAGCGCCAAAAUCUACACUCUCCUCGUCUCCAGCUCAAGUAUUUUGAACUUUUUGAGAUCUACCACUGUCUCCUCAGUAGCCAGCAAACUCCUCGUACAGAGGAUUAAACAAAUAUAUGAGAAUGACUCGACCUGUCAAGUAUUCAGAAAAGGAAAGCCAUCGUGCUCCAGAAGCAGAAAGGUAGCUGCGAGGCAGAGCAGAGGCCAUGCUGGCUGAGGCGGAGGCAGGUUUUGAUCUUCCUGGAAUAUUCUAUCGCUGAGAAACUACAGAUGCAGCUUUUCCCUUAAUGUCACAUCAUCCAUCUAGUCGGAAACUUAUGGACAACGCAGAGAAACAACUCUUCACAGGAUUCUGGUACAAGUCACAACAGAAAGAGAAAGAGGAAAACCCUUUCUCCUCCAGUGACCCUGCAGCUCCCCGCUGAUGAGAUUAAGCCAAGGAAUAAGUGAGAAACAUUGACAAGACACAACUCCAUUAUCACAGAACAGGCAACAGAGAUGCCUCGUUUAUGGACAUAAAUUCCUUCAGCCCUACGAUGCCAACAUCCCCUUUAUCAAUGAUUAACCAAGUCAAGUUUGAAGAUGAGCAAGAUAUGAAAGAUCUCUUCAUUAUAGUCGAUGAACCUGAAAGCCAUGUUACUACAAUUGAAACGUUUAUUACUUACAGGAUUAUUACUAAGACAUCUCGUGGAGAAUUUGACUCCAGCGAAUUUGAAGUUAGGAGGCGUUAUCAAGAUUUCAUUUGGUUGAAGGGGAAACUUGAAGAAGCACACCCCACCCUGAUUAUUCCACCUUUGCCAGAAAAAUUUAUAGUCAAAGGGAUGGUGGAACGCUUUAAUGAUGACUUCAUCGAGACACGCAGGAAGGCAUUGCAUAAGUUUUUGAACCGAAUUGCUGAUCACCCAACUUUAACAUUUAAUGAAGACUUCAAAGUUUUUCUUACUGCACAAGCUUGGGAACUCUCAUCUCAUAAGAAGCAAGGGCCUGGAUUGCUCAGCAGAAUGGGUCAGACGGUCCGAGCUGUCGCUUCGUCCAUGAGAGGAGUUAAAAGCCGCCCAGAGGAGUUCAUGGAAAUGACUGACUUUAUUGAAAUAUUUAGCCAGAAAAUAAAUUUGAUAGAUAAAAUAUCUCAGAGAAUUUACAAGGAAGAAAGAGAGUAUUAUGAUGAAAUGAAAGAAUAUGGCCCAAUUCAUAUUCUGUGGUCAGCAUCAGAAGAGGAUCUGGUUGAUACUUUAAAAGGUGUUGCCAGCUGUAUUGACAAAUGCUGUAAAGCCACUGAGAAACGGAUGUCUGGACUCUCAGAAGCCCUGCUUCCUGUCGCACAUGAAUAUGUGCUUUACAGUGAAAUUUUAAUGGGUGUCAUGAAAAGAAGAGACCAAAUACAAGCAGAACUGGAUUCCAAAGUCGAAGCAUUAUCCUAUAAAAAGGGAGACACUGAUCUGUUUACAGAAGAAAUUGAAAAACUUGAAGAUAAAAUGGCAUGUGCUAAUAAUGCCCUGAAAGCAGACUGGGAAAGAUGGAAACAAAAUAUGCAAAAUGAUAUCAAGUCAGCAUUUACAGACACAGCUGAGAGGAAUAUUCACUAUUAUGAACAGUGCCUUGCUACCUGGGAAUCCUUCCUUUCAUCACAGUCCAGCCUGCACUUGGAAGAAGCUUCUGAAGAUAAACCUUAACUCCAUUGAAGCCCUUUGUGUGAUCACUGGGAGAGAGCAAAUGUUAACCAAAAUUAUUUUUUUCUGAAUGGGCAGUGUCCUUAUUAAGUGGAUGAGAAAUGUUUCACACUAUCUGGAAAACCAAUAACUUGAAACUCAGGUAUUCCAGAUUAUUGAUAUGAUUAUAUAUAUCAUGUAUAAUAUAUAUAUAUAUAUAAACAUAGAUUUUUGUUCUUAAAAU